AUGGAUAUACGUACAGCCAGACUAAUUACUCUGUACAGACAGGAAGGACUACUGUCAUGUUACUGCUCUGCUACUGCUACUGCUACUACUAGUAGUACUACUACUGUAGAUACUUGCCUAGGUAGGGUACAUGCUACUACUACGGUAGUCUGUCGAUACGAGGGAACAGUAGCGAUAUCCAACAAGGUAUACCAUGAAGUAUGUACUGGGCCAGACUUAGACACAACUACCGAGUCACCGACGACCGACCGAAAGAUGGAUCAUGGGAACUGGGAAGGACCCAAGAUCGACAGCUAG